CCGUCUCUGCUCGACUCUCUCCUCUUCAGUCUUGCUUGCCUGUCAAAAAGGUACUCUAGUGUUGGAGGCUAGGCUAUUCCCCCCCUCCCCUCCUGGACCCCGUACGAGAGCCAGCCGCCGUCGUACCCCAAGGCUCGGGCUCCCCUCUCACGGCUCCCACCAUGGCAACCACCGCUACUUCCACCCGGUUUACCGACGAGUACCAGCUGUACGAGGAGCUCGGGAAGGGAGCUUUUUCUGUGGUGCGUAGGUGUGUAAAGAAAUCAUCAGGACAGGAAUAUGCUGCAAAAAUCAUCAACACUAAGAAGCUGUCUGCAAGAGACCAUCAGAAGCUUGAAAGAGAGGCUCGAAUCUGCCGUCUUCUGAAGCAUCCUAACAUUGUGAGACUGCAUGACAGCAUUUCAGAGGAAGGCUUUCAUUACCUAGUCUUUGACCUCGUGACAGGAGGAGAGCUUUUUGAAGACAUUGUUGCCAGGGAGUACUACAGUGAGGCUGAUGCCAGUCACUGCAUUAGUCAGAUCUUGGAGAGUGUCAAUCAUAUCCACCAGCAUGAUAUUGUGCACAGAGACCUCAAGCCUGAGAACCUGUUGCUGGCCAGUAAGAUGAAGGGAGCUGCAGUGAAGCUGGCAGACUUUGGCCUUGCUAUUGAGGUGCAGGGGGACCAGCAGGCUUGGUUUGGGUUUGCGGGUACUCCUGGUUAUCUCUCGCCUGAGGUUUUGAGGAAGGAUCCCUACGGCAAGCCUGUGGACAUAUGGGCUUGUGGUGUUAUUCUCUAUAUCUUGUUAGUUGGAUACCCUCCUUUCUGGGAUGAAGAUCAACACAAACUCUAUCAGCAGAUCAAAGCUGGGGCCUACGAUUUCCCUUCCCCAGAGUGGGACACGGUGACUCCAGAAGCAAAGAACCUGAUCAACCAGAUGUUGACCAUUAACCCAGCCAAGAGAAUCACUGCUGAACAAGCCCUCAAACAUCCAUGGGUCUGUCACCGUUCUACAGUGGCGUCCAUGAUGCACAGACAGGAAACCGUCGAAUGUCUCCGCAAGUUCAAUGCUCGCCGAAAACUCAAGGGAGCCAUUCUUACCACCAUGCUGGUGUCCAGAAACUUCUCAGUGGGCCGGCAGCAUACCAACUCUGCUGCUGCCGCCUCCUCCACGGCCUCACUGGCUCAGGAAGCAUGCAAAAGUUUACUUAACAAGAAGUCGGAUUCUGCUAAGCCUUCUACCAACAACAGUAAGAACAGUAUAGUGAGCGCCAUCAAUGCCCUGAAAGACACCAACAUGGCAACCAACGCCCAGAUGGAGUCUCAGAGCACAGUGGUGCACAACCCUCCAGAUGGAGUCAAGGGAUCAACGGAGAGCAACGCCACCAAUGACGAGGAGGAAAUGAAAGGUAGGAAAGCGGACAGUUCGGCGCUGAGUCAGAGCAGCGCCACAGAGGAGAUGCCCCCACUUCUGCCCUCACCUCAAAGCUCACCUGCCAUUCCACCGCAUGACGUAAAGCGCAUGGCAUGGAACAGCACGGGCAACAGCUCCUGUCCCGACUCUGACCACUCACAGUCCUCCAUUCCUGCCGCUCCACUAGGGAGCAACACUGUCGCUGCUAAAAGCAACACUAAGCCGACUCGUAAACAAGAAAUCGUCAAGAUAACGGAGCAACUGAUCGAGGCGAUCAACAAUGGAGACUUUGAGGCCUACACGAGGAUUUGUGAUCCUGGUCUCACCUCUUUUGAACCUGAGGCUCUGGGAAACCUGGUGGAGGGCAUGGACUUCCACAAGUUCUACUUUGAAAACUUGCUAAGCAAGAACAGCAAACCCGUGCACACCACCCUGCUCAACCCCCAUGUGCACCUGAUCGGUGAGGAUGCCGCAUGCAUCGCCUACAUCCGGCUCACACAGUUCGUGGACUCCACAGGCCGUCCUCGUUCAAGCCAAUCGGAGGAGACCCGGGUGUGGCAUCGCCGUGAAGGAAAGUGGCUCAACGUUCACUUCCACUGCUCAGGAGCGCCUGCUGCACCACUACAUUGAUCAGUGGUCCUGAGCCUCCAGUCAUCUGGAGUGUGUGUUUUGGGGGGCAGUUUUUUCAGCGAGCGUGUUUUAAGAGGUGCGUCCUCUGCGUGGAUUGGCUAGUGCCAGGAGCCCGGCCGGGCGAGAUCGCAUCCCUCUCCACGUUACCAACCAAUCCUGUCUCUCCUUUGACCUGCCGGGGGCCGGCUGAACACAAGAACCCGCCCCCAUAGGAUGAUGCAUGCAUCUGGCGCCUGAUUGGAGGGCGCAUCUUUGCCCUCUGUCCCUCCCCUGGCAGCCAUCUUUUUUCUGCCCGCGCGAGAUGAGACGUCCUGGGGGGAGGAGAGGAUUUACAGUUGAACUUGUGACAGUUUAUGAGUAUGAGUUAUGAAUAUACUGUGUAAAUUAUGACUAGAUGUACCAGAAACCACCAAAACCCAACCAAGCAUUUAUCACUAUCUAAUAAAGGGAGGAGCAGAGAGGAGUGUGAAGUUAGCAGCUGAGAUUUUGGACACAUUUAGGGAUUACUGGGUAGAAAGUGUUGCACUCACUACCUGGGUGUUAAGAUGAAGGGAGAUUUUUUUUUUCCUCAACUGAAUUUAAGAGGGAAAAAGAAUCAAGUUUACUCAGUCAGAGAACUUGGUGACGAGAGAAACUUGAUAUUAAAAAAAAAAAAAGAAGAAAAAGAAAAAAAACAUGAAGCACCAAAGUGUAGAACUUUAGGCUUUUUACGUGUUUGUGUUUUCGUUUGUGUGCUUGUUUUCCGACAGAGCGGAAAUCGUAUUGGUGUGAGAUUGGGCCGGUGGGGGGAGGUUGCCGCGUGGCGUCUGACUUGAGGUUACACGUUUUGUUGUGUUUUUAGCAUCCUGAUCAGUUUGCGUUUCUGUGAAUAACCGGAGCCUUUUUUUGGUUUGUUUUCCUUCCUUUUUUUUUAUAUAUAUAUAUAUAUAUGCUCUGACUAAUUCUAUAAUGGAGGCUCCUUUUUAAAGCAGCAGAGUUUUAAAUUUAGGUUUUUUUUUUUUUUUGUUUUUUUUUUGUUUGUUUAAAAAAGAGGGAUUUUAUUGUAGAAACUAAAAGCUAAAUUCACCUGUUGUGUGCAUGUAUAUGCAGUGGAGGGAGAUAGUGGGUCGAGAAAGGGAUCUACGCUUUGCAUGUUUGCCCGCUGCCACUCCCUCCUUAACCCCCCCACCUUCUCUUUAAGCGUCUUCUCUUGGAACCUCUUCGUUUCUCUGCUUUCUGCAAGGGCCUGGUUUGUUUAUAAUCACUGUGUAAAUACAGUGUAUGUAUAGACAUAUGUAGAAAAGUGUAAUAUAUGUACAUGUAUCUAAGAGACACUCAUCCUGUGCAUUAUGGGGGACCACCCCCCAUGGCCUCUACGACUCUUGAGUAGUUUAAAUUCCCCACUUUAAAAAUACUUCCUUAAGAUAUCGGUAGCUCUAAAUAUUUCAUGGCCAACAUGAAUACACACUUGCGUAGGCAACCAAUUCCAGUCCCAUGGCCGUAUGACUGUUUUAUGAAGAUGGGGAAUAAAAUAAAAAAUAAAAAAAGCAAGAUGGAAGUAGUUUAAUCCCCCCACACAGCCCAACAGCCUUCAUAAUAGUGUCCUUAACUCUUGAUCCCACAAUGCUGUGAGCCGCCUUUUCAUAUCAUAUGCAUCCACACACGCCUGGCAGUGUGUUUUAAGCUUUGUAACAUAUCUGCAUCGCUGCUGUGUGACCUGCCCCACCACACCCCGUCCUCCUCCUCCUAUGUCGUGCUGCUUUAAAAUAGUUUCCAUCCAUCAGCAGACAGUCGUAUCUUCAUCCCCUCCUUCCAGUAUCUCCACCCUUUCCUUUCCGUGUUCAAACUGCUCUUGAGAUGUUUAUUUGUACCUCUUCGUUGUUCCCGUGUUAACUGGUUAUUUGAGUUUUUUUGUUGUUGUCGCCGUUGCUGUUUGUCGUUUGGUAAUUUGCCGAUCUGCCAAGCUGGAGUUCUGCACUCUCCCUCGUACACAAGGAAAAAAACUUCAAUAAAAAUGAUAAAUAUAAAGGGAAAAGAGGGAGGAAGGAAUCAAAGACAACACAAAAUUGACUAUAUUGAUCAGGACUAAAUUAUUUAUCAAUGUAAUCUACCCUUGGUGGUUUUAAACCGUGCCUGCUCAGUUGAGAGGAGUGUUGAAAGGCAGAGUAAGAGUUGGUGUGUGCAGGUUUGUGCGACCUGAGCGGGACACUUAGUUAUAUGCAUGUUUCAGUUACACAUUUCUACCAUGUACCUACCUGAUUAAGGAUGGAGUUAGUGUUAAUAUAUGAUAUUUGCAUCUUUUGAAAUAUGAAUUUCCUCCAUCCAGAAUGUUGAAUAGGUGACAUAAAAAUAUAUUUAAAAAAAAAAAGAAGAAAAUUUAAAAAAAAAGAAAAAAAAAAAAGAUUCAGGAGCCGUAGCUUGGUAUGAGGCCCUCGAUGUUCGCAUUUUUCCCUGCGUUGUAAUGAUAUACUAUUGGGCUGCGCUUUCUCCCCCAGCCUUCCCAUGGAUGCUGGAUUUUUUUUGCAUGAUCAUGAUGUACAAUGAAAUACAACCAUGAAUUGACGACUAUCAAGUGUUUGUCUGAGUGUUAGUUGGUCUUCAUCAUAGCUUUGUUAUUCUUCAAACUUGGAUCUUGAAAGUAUUUAAUAAAAAUACUAUUUCAGCACUG